AUAGCAAACGGAUCGCAUGAGUGUAGUAUGUCUACAAAGCACCUCGUGGUUGGUUUUGGAACAGUUGCACUGGCCACCUUACUUGGCGUAAUUACAUUUAGUACGCAUGGCACAAGUGUGCGAAUCGCCGCGUACGGGCUUACAGACACAAGAUUCUCUCAACCAAAUGAAGAAAGCAUAUAUUAUUCGAUACCGCAGACAUGCACUGAGUGUUGUCAGCAUGAGCCCCUUCCCUGGAUAGACAGCAAAAUUGCACCCCGUGCAAUUACGCAAGUGCAAUACUGGAAGAUAAUGUCACUGAUGAAUUUAGUAGAUAUGGUGUUUAAAGAAAACAAAGUUCCCUACUUUGUAUUUGGAGGAGCACUCUACGGUUCAUACAUGUGCCAUGACCUACUACCUUGGGACGACGACAUUGACAUCGUGGUGAAGGUUGGCGAGCGACGUCACGCCGAGAAGUUAUUGCUCAGCCUAGCACCGGAAUACACGGUCACAAACCAUACCGACAAAAAAUACGACAAGUUUCACCUGAAAAGCACACCGAAGAAGUGGAAGUACGCGUGGUCAUGGCCCUUCAUUGACAUAUCCUUCUACGACGAGAAUUCGACGCAUGUCUGGGAGCACCACAUGCGCAAGACACCACAUCGAGUUUACCCGAGAGCGAUGGUAUUCCCAUUGCAUCAGCGACCCUAUGGCCCAUAUAUGUUCCCUUCCCCUCGGGACACGCUUGGCUUUUUGAAGCACUCUAUCAAUGGCUCCAAUGAUAACAAGAAAGUAUUCACAUGCGGUAAUCAGGGCUGGCGUCACCAAGCUGAGACAAGUUUCAAGAAGAAGCUGGUACCCUGCACAGAAAUCAUGAAAGAAUAUCCCCAUGUUCAUAGACGGAAAGCACCCGAAGGGGGCGCCGUUACAGAAACAUUGAUGCUAAAUGGCAGAGCUGUUUAUUCGUGUGUCAUAGCGGAGCCGGAUCAUCUAAUCACCAACGGCGCUUAUAGUUUCGAAUUAGAGCCAUUGACGAGCUCUACAAAGACGAACAUUCCGAUUAAAAUCGCUGCGCGUAGCUAAACGGUCUCUCCAACGCAGCCAUUUGAUCACGUUGACUGUGAUAAGUACCCUCUAUGUACGUUACCGUUAUUAUGUGCGCUUUGUCGCAGUGUAUGUGGGAGUGUGUGUGAGUGAGUGUAUAUGAGAGUGUGUGAGGGUGUGUGAGUGUGUGAGUGUGUA